UUUGACAUAAUGUAUAUUAACAUUUUAAAGUAAAUAUAAACGUAAAUAAGUACAUUCUUCUUCUUUUUCUUGGUUUCGACCUUUAAGACCAUGCCGCUAAAUACAAAUCUUGCCAUCUGUCCCUGUCCUCUGCAGCUUCUCUCCAUCUCAUUCCUGGAGCUAACGUUUUUAAGUCCUUUAUUACACAGUCUUCCCACCUUAACCUGGGUCUUACCUGUCUAACUUGAAAUCCUUGCUUACGCCAGGUAUGGCUCCUCCACAUGAGUCUUCUUUUUGUGAUCUCCUUAACUAUGUCAGGUCUCUGAAACUGUCUUUUGAGUUCAUAAUUGUGUAAUUCUCUCCAUUCAUCUGUUUCACUGUCAAAGACCAGUCCAUAUAUUUUUCUUAAAACUUUCCUCUCAAAUACUCCUAGUCUCUGUUCUUUGGCUUUCCUCAGUGGCCACGCCUCAGAACCAUACAGGAAAAUAGGUCGUUAUCUAUAUAUAUAAAAAUGGAGAAAAAAAUGUAUAACAUUGCAUCAGUUGAGAACGGCUGUGGCGAUUAAUUUGAUUUUUUUUUUAAAUGAUAGAGAGUGUCGGGGAGCGGGUUUAUAGCAUAAAUUAUGGACCUAACUCCUAUGUCCAGAAUAUUUAGAGACAAAAACUGAGUUACACCAGUGGCGCCCUCUAGCAGAUAAAAAUAUAAAUAUUAUAUAAUAUAAAUAAUAAUAAUAUAAAUAUCGAUAAUAGCAGGGCUUGAAAUCGAUUUUAAAUAUCGAUAAAAAUCGAAAAAAAAAAAUAUAUAUUUUUAUAUUCUGGUUGAUAUACAUUUUUGAUUAUAGACACUUAGAACUUUAGAGUAAACAAAUUCGUAACCUUUGUGACGGGAGGUAUAAGGCCAACAUCCCGGUGGGGUGACCCCCUUUUACCAUCUAAGCGGGACUGGCUACUUCUCGCCUUAUCGACGCAGUCUCAUCUCUCCAGACGGGCGCAUUGGGCGCCCGAGCGCCAGACAAUGUUCCGCUGGCAACGCUCUGUCAAGGAGGUUGAUCGGUGGGUUUCGAAAGUCCUGCGUCAGCGAGCGCCGGGUUGCGAACGCCGGACAAUUUCCUCCCUUCUACCAAGACGUUACUUCCACAACCUCCACGAGUCCAUUCCUUGUGCGCGGACGCGCGAGGCGUACGCGCCCGCCGGCCGGGCCCGAGUCACAAUGCUCGUAGAGCACCGGUUCCGGCCAGGCGUUUAGCUUGGACGGGUUUCCGACGGGACUCUCUCUACGCCCGUGGAACAGGACUUCAGGGACCGUUUCCCUCAGUGCCCGCAACGACUGUUUUCCCGUUAGCAUCGGUAGCCGGGGUAGGGUUUUAAUCUACCGCGACCCGACCUUAAUUGUAACGGUACGGUUUUUGUGACGGAUGCCAUGUCCGUACCGAGUGAUCAGAUUUAGUGCUCGUCGGAGGGUGUCUCCCAGUCAGACUUCCCCCUUGCACGUGUGCGUCCGCAAAUUUACUGGGCCCGCUAACUCCCGGCCUGAGUGUUCUUGGGUGCCCCGUACCGCGUGCCGGUGCAGUCCUAACUGCUCCGCCAGUGUGUCGCAGGGAAGGGGGUAUCCCCACUCGGGUAAUUUUCUCUUGGGCGGAAUAGGAAGGUGUCCACCUCACCCCGGCCCCUGCGUUUUGCGGGGCCCGUGUCAGAAUCUUCUGACCCGCCUGCCAAGGUUACCCUUCGUCAUUACGCUUGUGGCAGCGCCUGGAACACGGUUUGUUUCACCGUGGUUCCGCACCCAAGGCUGGUUCCGCUCCAGUCGAUUGCACCUCGAGUGCGGAACUUUCUUUCGUGGUUGUUUUUACGGAUAGGUGGACAUAGGUUUCUCGACGAAUGCUCUGCGAUCCUUGGGGACCUGCAUGCAGACUGUCUCGCCUCUGGGUUUUAAUAGUGGAGAGGUCGGUUCGCUCGAAACACCGGUCAGUCUACUUCCCCUUCACCGGCGGCCCUUAUCCAUUUCCACCAGUCAGUCCUUGGACCACCUCACUGGUGCUUCCUUUACUCCCGGGAAGCUCGGGUCGAAGAUGCGCCUUUCGCUGGCGUUGAGAAUUGGGACGGGGUCACGCCCGAGACAGCGCGGCAAGCCUUGCAGCCCCACAACCACGCAAGACUCGUCAAGAGUAAACAAAUAUAAUAGUUGGCACAUUAUUCAUUUUAUUUUGGAACAUUAUCGUUUUAUGUUAUUUAUGAAUUUUUUCAAUCAAAAACGACUUUAUUGUUUUUUGGAGAGAAUUUUUAUGCUUGAAUCAUGCCUCCUAUUAGAAGAACAAACAUUGGACGGCGUACACGUAAUACAAGAAACUGUGAUCAUAUCCGUUAUAAUCAAACGCAAGAGGAACGGGCAGAAGCAAAUGAAUUGAGACGUGCUCAUAAUACACAGGCCCACGCUGCACAAACGUCGCCUCAAAUUCGACAACAUGUUAAUAUAAGAAGAAGAAGUUCAGAUAUAGCCUUGAAUCGCGCUGCUUUCGAAUACGAUUCCGCAGUCGCCUACAAAGAUCUUUUGUGUGUUGAUAUUGGUUCAUUAUCUAUCGUAUGCCAGCAUUGCAAGGCAUUGAAGUUUCGAUUGGAAACCCCCGGCUUAUGCUGCGCUGGUGGCAAGGUGAAAUUACCAGUUUUAGCUCAACCACCAGAGCCAUUGUAUUCGUUUCUCUAUGGAAAUACAAUCCAAUCAAAACAUUCCCUGGCGAAUACACAAAAAUAUAACGGAAGUUUUCAAAUGACGUCAUUUGGAGCCGAAGUAGUUGAACAACCAGGAUACAACCCGAGUUAUAAGAUUCAAGGACAAAUUCACCAUCGAGCAGGCGCUUUGUUACCACAACCAAACGAAGAUCAUAAGUUCAUUCAGAUAUAUUUCGUUGGUAAUUCAGAAAAUGAACUAGAACAGUGGUGUGCAAUUUUUCCUGCGAAUAAACGUGAAAUGAUCGGACAAUUGCAAAUUCUUCUGCAUGAGCAUAAUGAAUUGGUAAGAUUGUUCAAAACCGCAUUGGACACAAUGCAUUCUGACGACCACAAAAUCAUUAUCAGAGCAGACAAAAGACCCUCUGGAAGCUAUGUAAGACAAUUCAAUGCUCCCACUAUCAAUGAAGCAGCAGUGGUGAUUGUUGGCGAAAAUUUAGCAUCACGCGAUAUUGUUGCGAUAUCCGUUGUCACGUCGUCAUCGUACGGAAUACUGCGCGUGUGACCUUCAUUUACAAUCUGCGUUGUUUCUGAUA